GCUACAUUGACAGUAAACUAAACAGUCCACAUGACAUGACUCGAGCAGACCCCCACUCUAAGCUGAAACACUAUCUAACCAACUUCCAAAAAGAACUCAGAUACAUCCAAAUGCCAUCCAUAUGCACGAUAAACAAUUAGAACCUGUCAGUAGUUCAAUUGCUCAUCCAAUUCAAUUCUCCGAAUAACUAAACUCCAAAUAUGUCCAAGCGGGAUCUCUCAUCUCUGCCCGCGCCAACUAUCCCAUCAUCCAAAGUCAUUCUCCACAUCUCCAGCUCAACACGCAUCAAAGCCCCCAUCUCACGAAUCUGGAAUACUUUAAUCGACACGUCCACAUGGUCAGAAUGGAACUCAUUCAUUCCACACGUCACAAUCAGGGAGCAGCCGCGAUCGGAUCCCAGCAUAGGCGACGCGGCGGCAGCAGCAUCAUCAUCAUCAUCUCACCCUGAUGAAAGCAACGAAUAUGGUAAUAACGACAAUUUAAAUAAUAAAAAUAAGAAGAAGAAUCUAUCUCCCAUCCUCAACCCCGGUACAAAAGCGACGUUUCACGUGCUCAUGGAUCCAAAGAACCCCGGACGUACGACACAAGUACAUCUUGUUAUUUCGGAUUUCCAGCCCCCUUCUCCAGACGCUGGUUCUGAAGUGGGGGGACGCAUUGCGAGGAUUGUUUGGUCUAGUGAUUACGGCAGUGGCUUCAAAGGUGCUGUUUCAUCGUGGUUCUUGUAUGCGGAAAGGGUGCAUGAGAUUCAGGAGCUGGAUGGGGAAGAGAGAGGAUGGAUUGAGGUUCGGACUUGGGAGGCGCAGAGGGGGGUGUUGGCUUAUGUGGUGAGGUAUUUGUAUGGGGGGUUUUUGAAAGGGUGUUUCGAGAGGUGGGUUGGUGAUUUGAAGGUGUUUGUUGAGAGAGAUGGGUGAAUAAUGGGGGGUUGGGUGUGGUGGUAGUAGUAUAUCCGAGAUUCGUGAUUAGCGAUCAUUCAGAUGCUAUAUGGAGUAACUAUAGUAUUGGCACUAUCGAUCUAUCUAGUAGGAUUUUUCAAACCCAGCAAGGAGAGGUAUCGAACUGCUUUCUGUCUCCAUAUGAGUAUGAGGUAGGAUACUAUUCCAAACCCGGUAUCUUGACAUGGUUAUAUGUACUCCCAUCAUCUUUAUCUAUGCUGAUCCAUUCACAUUUUCUAUCUACGUCGGAAUGGCUAUUAAUUGAGUGCUCCCAGACAUAAUCUACAAUACUUACCCGAAAACUCCAUAUCGGAUCCUUUCGGUGCGCUAUCAAAAUCUAGACGGCAGACCGACCGCAUGUGACUAUAUGAGAAGCCCUCGAAUUAGAGACCGGAUUGCAAAUAAGCGAGAUAACGGAACUAACCGAGCGAAUACGGAGUACAUG